CGGCGCUCUGCAUAGGAGCUGUCCAGCAGCCCGGUGCUGAAACUUGCCCUGCUUUGUACCGCGGGCAGCGGCUCUCAACUAACAGCAACCAGAGCCUUGUGGAUUCAAAUGCGUCAGUACAAGGACAAAGGGCUGCAGACCGGGAAAGAGAUAAACAAGUACGUGGUGCGAACGAAGGGGGAACGAGAGACUGAGUAAGGCGUGGAGAAGUGCUCACUCUCUCAGCAUUAUGUCCUGGUCACUGGACUUGGUGCCGCUUCCCCCAUGUGUGCUGCUGGGUGGUCCCCCACUUAGCGGGCUGCUCUGGACCGUCCUCCUUCUCUUCCUCUGGUACUGCUACCGUGUGGGUUCUGACCCACCAUCCCACCCUGGAAUGCUCAAAAACAGCUCCGCCCGGUCCACAUUCUCUCGGUCAUCCAGUCGGUCCCCUGUUGACCCCGGACACUCUACCCCCAAAGCAUCAGCAGCAAUCACAAUGGAGACGGUGGAGGAAGAGGGGGGGACAGAGAGCUACCUGACGCCAGUAUGGAGCCAUGCUCCUUUCCCCACUGAGGCUGCAGCAGGAAGCAGGAAGUUGUAUAGAGCACUACAGGAGUAUGCCAAGCGCUACAGUUGGGCCGGCAUGGGUCGUAUUCACAAGGGCCUGCGGAAUCAGGCCAGAAUCAGUGAUCGGCCCUCCAUACAGAAACCUCAUCUCUUCUACCUCCCAGAUGUUCCCAGCAUACCUUUCUUUCCCAGGGAUGCUCAUCGCCAUGACAUUGAGGUUCUGGAGGCCACUUAUCCAAUAAUCCUUGCUGAGUUCCAGGCAGUUUACCAGAGGGGAAUUGAUACAAAACUAGGGUGGACCUACCAAGGAUCAAAGGGCCAGGCAGUAUUCCCGAUCUAUAACGCUGGAGUGUGUGUGGCCAGUAACUGCCGUGCAUGUCCAUAUACAUACCGAACCCUUCUGUCUCUCAGAACCUUCAUCAGUAGUAACUCUCUGGGGUCUGCUGGGUUCUGGCUCCUGGGCCCUGGGGCCACAAUGGGAGGGGCCUAUGGUCCUACAAAUACACGACUGCGCUGCCAUCUUGGUCUUCAGACACCUUCUAAGUGUGAGCUGGUGGUGGGUGGAGAGCCACAAUGUUGGUCAGAAGGACAUUGCCUCCUUGUGGAUGACUCUUUCCUGCACACCUUCUCACACAAUGGAGGCGCUGAAGAUGGUUCUAGAGUUAUCUUCAGUGUGGAUCUCUGGCACCCUAAUGUGGCUGCUGCAGAGAGACAGGCUCUAGACUACAUCUUUGCCCCUGAGCAGUAAUUCAAACUACAUUUCCCAGGAUGCACUGGUCAAAUCUUCCUCCCACAUCCAAAUGCCAAAAUGAUGUUAAAAGUUUGCAAAACUUCUUUUGGAUGAGUUGAAAGGUUAGACUGAGAUUUUCCAUUCAAUUACCAUAUCAUUUUGUGCAUUUCUGUUCAACAGAAACCUGAAAGGGGUAGUUCACCCAAAAAUGAAAAUUCUGUAAUCAUUUACUCAUUCUCGUAUUGUUCAAUGACCUGCAUGACUUUUCUUCCAUGGAACACAAAAGAUGUUAGGCAGAAUGUUAGCCUCAGUCAACAUUCACUUGCAUUACAUUUUUUCCCAUACAAUGAAAGUGAAUGGUGACUGUGACUGAACAUUCUGUCUAACAUCUCCUUUUGUGUUCUUGGAUGAAAGAAAGUCAUACAGGUUUGGAAUAACAUGAGGGUGAGUAAACCAUGACAGAAUUUUCAUUUUUGGGUGAACUAUCCCUUUAAGCAAGUUGGACAAAUUGGUUCAGUCAGAACUACAGUUCCUCAAACUUCUCAACAACAUAUUACCCAAAAUACAGACGAGACAGCAUAUGGGCUAUGAACACUGUCCUGAGCACAUACACAGAUACUGUGAUGACACUCGAACAACAUUUUUUGAAUUUCACAUCAAUCUUUGACCUGUGCCUGUCUUGAUAAUCCCGUGUUCCUGUUCUAUCGUUUCUGUGCCUGAUUUCUUCUAUUCCUCUCCUGACCUCGCUAAUGUAUACUGUGAUAUAUUGUUCUCUGUAAAUACUGUACUUUUGCACAGCCUGAUCUCAUAAAAAUAACAUGACUGUGGGGAGGGGAUAUUUUUGCAAAAUUGUAUGUGGUUCCUUACACGUAUCACGGCAGUUCCAAAGGUGAAAUGUCCACUGUAUGGUGCAGAAAGCAAAAAGGGUUUUAAGUUUAAUGGCCUAUCGAGUACCUCCCUACCCUAAACCUUUAACCUAACCAAUAGUGUCAUAAAAGCAAAGAUGACAUGAAAAAUGCAAUUGCUGAAACAGCCAUGUCAUUUAAGGGUGCUUCUAUGACAAUUUAAGCUCAUGUGUCCACUCGUACAGUGGUUUAUCAAUAAAGCUACUAGGCAACUCCAUCAUGCUCGAACAAGCUUGCAAAUAAAGUUGGUUUUAUAAAGCACAUGUUAAAAUGUAUCGCCUUAUAAGUCACUAUAGUAAAAGUGUUUUGAUAUUAUAAGAUAGCGUUAUGUGAGGAACAGGGCGAAAAGUAUAUGUUUAUGAACUGACAAUCUGCCGUUUUACUUUUGAUUUGUAUGAAAGGGAAUAAAAGUAAUUGUUGUAGUGCCUCCAGGAAACUGCCACGAUACGUACAAUAAACCAUGUAAAAAUUAUUUUGCAAAAAUGUAGGCAUUGUAGUAACGUGAUUCUAUGAGACCAAGUGUAAUUCACACCUACGCUAUAAAUCAUGUUUUUAUUACAUCACAUGGUGAUAUAUUUUCAGAUCUAUGAAGCACACAGUGAACACAAUACACCGUAUAUGACCAGACUACUUGCAUGCAACAUGAACAUUUUGAUUGUAUAGCCAACAAUGCAUUUGAUGACUGUCCUGCAAAUCAAGUAUGUAAUUGACUCAACUGCGUUCAGUUCAAAAUAAAAUGUUUUGUUAAACGUGAAA